AACUAGAGGCUCGGUCGGGCUGGCCGGCUUAAAGAGGACGCGGGGAUGACUAGAGACGCCGGUCCCGCAUCCGUAAAAGGCUUGCCGCCAAGGAGACAGCCCGGAAGUAAAAUCACAUCAAUUGUAAUUUCAUGUGGUGGAAUGUGUUUUUGGCGGUCAUUUACUAGCGUUUAUAUAUGUCGGGUCCUCUCUUCCCUGAUGUCUCUGACAUCCCCCUUGCUUCCCCGCCCAGACGUCUCCCUGACUCUUAUAACAGGCUAUACCAGCUCUUUGCUGCGCGGCGACCUUCUCGCUGCACACCUCGAGCACUAACAUCAUACAGAUCGACACCGGGAGGUAGCAUUCAUGGUACUUGCAGGAAAACCAGGGCGAGAUGACCCGCUGGCUCAUGUCACAGCACCACCACCAGACGAGACAGAGGAACAACGUCAGGUUCGUUUAAUGGAGGAAGCCGAGGCGCAACGAGUGUCGGACGCGAUAGACUAUGACAUUCAGCAGGAGAAGGCGGCUAACUUCAGAGGAGACAUCAUUAAGGUUCUCUUACUCGGUCAGAGUGAAUCAGGCAAAUCAACGACCCUCAAAAAUUUCCAGCUGUUGAACUCGCCAAAGGCUUUCAAAGCUGAGCGCGCGUCAUGGCGAGCUGUAGUCCUUCUCAACGUUGUUCGCUCUAUUCGAACCAUCCUUGAGGCCAUGUCGGAUUUCCACGAUGCCCAAAAUUCUCCCACAUUAUCUCCCUCACGACCCACCACGUCGCCGUCCUCCUCGGUAUCUUCGUCGGGAUCGUUUUUGCGUCUAUCGCCUGAACACCUGAAGCUAAAACUACGAUUACUUCCCUUGCUCCAAGUUGAGGAAUCACUAAUUCGCAAAUUAACGCCGCCUGGGUCACCAGAAUUUGAAUCAACCCACCUGUCUCAAAUCACCAACUUGCCAAGCCCUUUUGCUAGUCAGAACGUGAAGGGUAAAGAGAUUGCGGUGAAUUCGCAGUUUGCUUGGAAAGGCGUGUUUAGCAAAGUCGUGUCAUCAACGAGGGAUAGUUUCGAUAGUGCAGAGUUAGUUGACUGGGAGGACCCCAAUGAUCCAGGGAGGAUUAUUCAUGCUUGCUCGGAGGAUAUGAUUAAGCUUUGGAAGGACCCUACAAUUCAAAAGAUUCUGAGACUUCAACAAAUACGGCUAGAGGACAUGGGUGGAUUUUUCCUUGACGACCUCGAACGGGUAACUUCUCCUCGUUAUAUCCCAACAAACGACGAUAUCCUACGUGCCCGGCUCAAAACGCUUGGUGUAAGCGAACACCGCUUCAAGUUUAAAGAAGGAUUCGGUGGUACGAUUACAAGAGAAUGGAGGGUGUAUGAUGUUGGUGGACAGAGAUCUUUGCGAGCAGCUUGGGCACCGUACUUUGAUGACGUGAACUGCAUUCUUUUCCUUGCUCCAAUCAGUGCUUUCGACCAAGUACUUGAAGAAGAUCCAACCGUGAACCGGCUGGAAGACUCCGUUCUUCUGUGGAAGAGUAUCGUCUCGAAUAAGCUGCUAGCUGCGACCAAUAUUGUCCUCUUCCUCAACAAGACCGAUAUCUUGAAGCAAAAGUUGCAAGCCGGCAUCAAGUUUGCAGACCAUUUGGUCUCGUAUGGGGACAGGCCGAAUGAUUUCGAGAGUACAAGUUAUUAUUUGCGGAAGAAAUUCGCGCAGAUACAGAAGGACAAGAGUCCACAACGGCGAGGGUUCUUCUGUCAUAUGACAACCGUCACGGUAUGUUUCAUAUCAUAUCGUCGUCAUCGUCUUCGCUUCACGCGCGCUCUCGCACAUCGUCUCUUCCCGUUCUGUUCUGACAUGUUGCAUGUUAACAGGACCCGAAAGCGACAUCGAUGAUCCUGAUAGAGGUGCAAGAUACGGUCGUGCGCAAGAACCUCGCUCAAAGCCAUUUGGUUUCAUGAUGACGUCCCAUCUUGACCAUCUGCACAUUAGUGCUUUCUUUGACAGCCAGCCUCAUUUCACAUUCGGUCCCUCGGUCCCUCACCCGCCUUGUACUUCUUUCGUCGACACCACCACCAUCAACAAUCGCUCGAACAUUAUCAUCACCAUCAUCAUCAUGAACGCUAUCGACCCUGCAGAUUGAUCUCUUCCACCCCCGCCGGCUUUCCUUCCCGAGUUUUGACUUUUGACUUGACGAAUCAUGGAUCAUUCCAUAUGAUCCAACUAGUCAAUAUCGGGCCUUUGGUUCCAGCUUGGGCAUUUAUCUCCUACCAAGCAUGGUCAUCAUGAACGCUUCAUCAGGGGGGUCUCCCUACUUUCCGAUCUUCGAUUCUCAUAAUUCAUAAUCGCCCGAAGUCGUCGAUAUCAUUCAGGAGUGAAGAUAAUGAACGCUAUUUGUUUUUCAUUCAUCCCUUCGUUCGUUCAUUCAUUCAGUCAUUCUUCCAUUCCUCAACUCUUUAUGCGCUAAUCCUUUCGCGUCUCCCUCCACCCUCCACCCUCCUCCUUUCGCGCCUCCUCAACAUCCCUCGCCUCUCACCUCAUCUGUCCUGUUCCUCGUCAUGGUCACCUCCUUAUCAUCACCGCUCUCCGCUUUUUGCUUUUUGGCCUUUUCGUCUUAAUGCUCUCGAUGAGAUAUUGUCCCACUUUCUUUGUUAAAUCCCUCCCUUUUUUUCCCGUCACGCAGCAGCUACCAGCGAUAGCUCGUAUCCUUGGCCUGUCAUUACCCUUCUCAUCUCUACCUCACUCCCUUUCAUUACCUUUUUGCUCAACCAUUGUUGUGUCCAUCCUUGACUCUCUUUCACUUUUCUGACCCUUUCAUUGUGUUACCCUCUGCAGCUGUUUUUUUUCAUCCUGACACUUAUUUCAUGGUCUGGUGGUGAUGGUCUUGGUGGUGACGCCGUAUUUGACUGUGUUGUAUUUGUAGAUAAUCCUAUUAGUUAUGUUUUACCUCUUUAG